GUGCGGGCGAGGAAGCGGGGCGGGGGGCCGAGGCGGGGGCCGGGACGACGGCUGGGGUGCCGGGGUCGCCAGCUCCUCGCCCACCUCCCUCCCUGUGGGAGAAGAGGAGGAGGGGAAGUGACUGCGGAGUUGAUGAACUUUGCACAUCCAGAAACGCCAUUUUGAUUCCUUUUCCGGAACAAGUUUGCAUCUCUCCUCUUUCUCUCCCUGAAGCCCACCGGUGCCCACUGCAUCAUGCCUGGGAGCCAAGAGCCCUGCCGGGCCGUUGCUCCAACUCUGUGCUCCAGAGGUGGUAGCUUUGACGUGUGACCCUGCCCACGUCUGGGCUCCGGCCGCGCCAGUCCCUCAGUAAGGAGGGCCAGCUUGAUAAGACGACGAAAACAGUGUCAACAAGUGAUACGAAAGAAGAAAAAAAAAGAAGCGAACGCAGACUCCUUUCCUACUCCACGUGGAUGAUAGCUAUAGCAGGGGAAAGUCUCAUAGUGUAUCAGUUGGGGCAGAAAAUGGAGGUAAUCGGCAGUCGGGGCUGGGUUCUUCUGUCCACUUUCUGGGUUCUAUGACAGAGGCUUCUUAGAAGCUUAAACCUUUGACCCAAUGACGUCAAGUUCGCCCAUUGGCUUGGAAGGUUCAGACUUGUCUUCCGUCAACACCAUGAUGUCAGCGGUAAUGAGUGUAGGGAAGGUCGCCGAGAAUGGCGGGAGCCCCCAGAGCACCAAGUCCCCCACGAAGCCUCCAGGACCAAAUCGGAUUGGCAGAAGGAACCAGGAAAUGAAAGAGGAGAAGUCUUCCUAUAACUGUCCCCUGUGUGAAAAGAUUUGCACUACACAGCACCAGCUAACCAUGCACAUCCGUCAGCAUAACACGGACACUGGAGGGGCAGACCAUUCGUGCAGCAUCUGUGGGAAGUCGCUGAGUUCGGCCAGCUCCCUGGACCGCCACAUGCUGGUGCACUCUGGCGAGAGGCCGUACAAAUGUACCGUGUGCGGCCAGUCAUUCACCACCAAUGGGAACAUGCACAGACAUAUGAAGAUUCAUGAGAAGGAUCCUAACAGUGCUGCAGCUACGGCCCCCCCAUCCCCACUGAAGCGCCGGCGGCUGUCCUCCAAGAGGAAACUAAGUCAUGAUGCCGAGUCAGAGAAGGAAGACCCAGCACCUGCUAAAAAGAUGGUGGAAGAUGGGCAGUCGGGUGACUUGGAGAAGGUCGAUGAAGUGUUUCACUGCCCCAUAUGCUUCAAGGAGUUUGUUUGCAAGUAUGGAUUGGAGACCCACAUGGAGACCCACUCAGAUAAUCCACUAAGAUGUGACAUUUGCUGCGUAACCUUUCGAACACAUCGAGGAUUGCUGCGCCACAACGCACUCGUCCACAAACAACUUCCCAGGGACUCCAUGGGAAGGCCUUUCAUUCAGAACAACCCUUCCAUCCCUGCUGGCUUCCAUGACUUAGGAUUCACUGACUUCUCCUGUAGGAAGUUUCCUCGAAUUUCUCAGGCCUGGUGUGAGACAAACCUACGAAGGUGCAUCAGUGAGCAGCACCGUUUCGUCUGCGAUACAUGUGACAAGGCGUUCCCCAUGCUCUCCUCGCUCGCCCUGCACAGGCAGACCCACGUCGCCACAGACCAGGGACGGGAAAGGCUGCAGGCCAAGACCCUGCCCGGGGACGCCCUGGACCAGAAGGUCUUCCUGGCCUUGCUGGGCCUGCAGCACACCAAAGACGCCAGGCCUGCCCCCACCGAGGAGCCCUUGCCGGAUGACAACCAAGCAAUACAGCUCCAGACACUCAAGUGUCAGCUACCUCAGGACCCCGGCUGCACCAACAUGCUGAGUCUGUCUCCUUUCGAAGCUGCUUCCUUGGGCGGCUCUCUCACGGUCCUCCCGGCUACCAAGGACAGCAUGAAGCACCUAUCCCUGCAGCCCUUCCAGAAGGGCUUCAUCAUCCAGCCCGACAGUAGUAUUGUGGUCAAGCCCAUCUCUGGCGAGUCGGCCAUCGAGCUGGCCGACAUCCAGCAGAUUCUGAAGAUGGCAGCCUCCGCCCCGCCUCAGAUCAGUCUUCCGCCUCUCUCCAAGGCCCCUGCUGCCCCUCUGCAGGCCAUCUUCAAACAUAUGCCCCCUCUGAAGCCAAAGCCCCUGGUCACCCCGCGGACGGUGGUGGCCACGUCCACGCCCCCGCCUCUCCUAAAUGCCCAACAGGCCUCCCCGGGCUGCAUCAGCCCCAGCCUCCCCCCACCGCCCCUGAAGCUCCUCAAAGGCCCCAUGGAGGCAGCCUCCAGUGCCCACCUGCUGCCGUCCCCAGCCGGAGCCCAGCCAGACACUGCCACGCAGCUCUUCCUGCAGCAGCCGCGGGUGGACCUGCCGGGCCAGGCGGAGAUGAAGACGCAGCUGGAGCAAGACAGCAUCAUCGAGGCCCUGCUGCCCCUGAGCAUGGAGGCCAAGAUCAAGCAGGAGAUAACGGAGGGGGACCUCAAGGCCAUCAUGACCGGGCCCGGCGGCAAGAAGACGCCAGCCAUGCGCAAGGUGCUCUACCCCUGCCGCUUUUGCAACCAGGUGUUCGCCUUCUCCGGAGUGCUGCGCGCCCACGUGCGCUCCCACCUGGGCAUCUCGCCCUACCAGUGCAACAUCUGCGACUACAUCGCCGCCGACAAGGCCGCGCUCAUCCGCCACCUGCGCACGCACAGCGGCGAGCGGCCCUACAUCUGCAAGAUCUGCCACUACCCCUUCACCGUCAAGGCCAACUGCGAGCGGCACCUGCGCAAGAAGCACCUCAAGGCCACCCGCAAGGACAUCGAGAAGAACAUCGAGUACGUGACCAGCAGUGCUGCCGAGAUGGUGGACGCCUUCUGUUCCCCGGACACGGUGUGCCGGCUGUGCGGCGAGGACCUGAAGCACUACCGCGCGCUGCGCAUCCACAUGCGCACGCACUGCGGCCGCGGCCUGGGCGGCUGCCCCAAGGGCCGCAAGCCCUUCGAGUGCAAGGAGUGCAGCGCCGCCUUCUCGGCCAAGCGCAACUGCAUCCACCACAUCCUGAAGCAGCACCUGCACGUGCCCGAGCACGACAUCGAGAGCUACGUCCUGGCGGCCGACGGCCUGAGCCCCGCCGACGCGGCUGCCGAGGCUUCGGGGAGGAUCGAGGACGGUGGCGGGACCUUCGGCGAACGUAAACCCUUGACCCCUUUCCUGGAGCCGCAGAACGGCUUUCUUCACGGGGCUCCCCCCCAGCCUCUGCCUCCCCACGUCUCCGUCAAGUUGGAGCCCGCCAGCAACUUCACGGUGGACUUCAACGAGCCCCUGGACUUUUCCCAGAAGGGCCUGGCCCUGGUCCAGGUGAAGCAGGAGAAUGUCCCCUCCUUCCUGAGCCCCUCCUCCUCGGCACCCUAUGACUGCUCCAUGGAGCCCAUUGACCUGUCCAUCCCCAAGAACUUCAGGAAAGGAGACAAAGACGCGACUGCUCCCGGCGAAGCCAAGAAGCCUGAGCAGGAACCAGGGAGAGGUGAGCAGCCCUCUCCCUGUCCUCUGCCGUGCCCUACCCUGCCAGUGACCUUGGGGCCCAGCGGGAUCCUGGAAAAACCCGGGGCCUCCGCAGCCACCACUCUGGAAGCCCACGCUCAGCCCCUGCAGGGCUCUGUUCAGCUUGCUGUCCCCAUCUACUCGUCAGCUCUGGUCAACAGCUCCCCCAUCUUGGGCAAUUCCACCCUCAUCAGCAGCCCAGCGGUGUUGCGGCCGCUGCGCCCCAAGCCCCCGCUGCUCUUGCCAAAGCCCCCCGUGACAGAAGAGCUGCCCCCACUGGCCUCCAUCGCCCAGAUCAUCUCAUCCGUGUCCUCGGCCCCCACCUUGCUGAAAGCUAAGGUGGCCGACCCGGGGCCCACAAGCACUGGCAGUAACAGCACAGCUCCAGACAGCUUAGGAAGCGCGGUCCCCAGGGCUGCCGCCGCCCCUGCCAACACCACCAGCCCAAAAGAAUCCAGCGACCCAUCCCCUCCUGCCAACAGUCCAGAGGCAGCCUCACCCACCGAGCAGGGACCAGUGAGCUUGUCCAAGAAGAGGGGUCGGAAAAAGGGCAUGAGGAGCCGGCCCCGCUCCAGCAGCGGUGGGGUGGACCUGGACUCCAGUGGGGAGUUUGCCAGCAUCGAGAAGAUGCUCGCCACGACGGACACCAACAAGUUCAGUCCGUUUCUACAGACCACAGAGGAUGAUGCUCAGGAUGAAGUGGCCGGAGCCCCUGCGGACCCCCACGGGCCCAGUGACGAAGAGCAGGGCAGCCCUCCCGAAGACAAGCUGCUGAGGGCCAAGCGGAACUCCUACGCCAACUGCCUGCAGAAGAUCAACUGUCCCCACUGCCCCCGGGUCUUCCCCUGGGCCAGCUCCCUCCAGAGGCACAUGCUCACACACACUGGUCAGAAACCCUUCCCUUGUCAAAAAUGCGAUGCCUUCUUUUCUACCAAAUCUAACUGUGAACGCCACCAGUUGCGCAAACAUGGAGUUACCAACUGUUCCCUGAGAAGAAACGGGCUUAUCCCCCAGUCAAAAGAGAGUGAUGUUGGACCCCAUGAUAGCACAGAUAGCCAGUCGGACGCAGACACGCCAGCGGGGGGGGGCGAAGUGCUGGACCUCACCUCCCGCGAGAAAGAGCAGCCGACGGCCGAGGGCGCCCCUGCGCCUGGCCAGGUCCAGGAGGAGCUCCCCGCAGAGGACGGGCCGCGGGCUGCGGCCGCGCCCCCCGGGGACGGGGCGGAGCAGGGAGCCGGGCAGAGCCCGGAGCGUGAGGACAAGCACGGUGUGGAGGAGAGGGACGAGGACGCGGACGGCCCAGAGGAAGACACCGUCAGCAACAAGAGCCUGGACCUCAACCUCGCCAGCAGGCUGAUGGGCUUCAAGCUGGCCGAGGGCGAUGCGGGCGCCGCGGGCAGCGGGGGCCCCGCCCCGCAGGACCAGAAGCACGCCUGCGACGUCUGCGGCAAGAGCUUCAAGUUCCAGGGGACCCUGAGCCGCCACAGGAAGGCCCACGGCCGCGAGGAGCCCCGGGAGGACGGCCCGGGCGCCAGCGGAGGAGGGCCCGAGGGCCCGCUGCCCGGCCCCGCCGGGGCCCCCGCGCCCGAGCCGGAGGAGAAGCCGGCCCAGCCCUCGGAGGAGCCCCCGGCGGAGGGGGUGGCCUCGUCGUCGUCGGAGGCGUCGGGGGAGAGGCCGGGCGAGGAGGCGGAGGGCGCCUCGGACGGGGAGAGCGUGGCCGAGAAGAAGUCCUCGGAGAAGAGUGACGACGACAAGAAGCCAAAGACGGACUCCCCGAGAAGCGCAGCCAGCAAGGCAGACAAGAGGAAGAAGGUGUGCAGCGUGUGCAACAAGAGGUUCUGGUCCCUGCAGGACCUGACUCGGCACAUGAGGUCCCACACAGGAGAAAGGCCAUACAAGUGUCAGACCUGCGAGCGAACCUUCACCCUGAAGCACAGCCUGGUUCGCCAUCAGCGCGUCCACCAGAAAGCCAGGCACGCCAAGCAGCACGGGAAGGACAGUGACAAGGAGGAGCGGGGUGAGGAGGACAGUGGGAGCGAGUCCACCCACAGCGGCAACAACCCCGUCUCGGAAAACGAGGCCGACUCAGCUCCGCCAGCCAGCAACCACGUGGCUGUCACCCGGAGCCGGAAGGAGAGCCUGGCCAACGCCACCAAGGAUCCUGGCCGCAGGGAGGAGCGGGCCACUGCAGCGGGCAGCCCCAAGGAGCAGGCGUCUCAGGGUGACCCUGACCCAGAGAGCCCGGCGGCCGUCGUGCAGGACCUGCCAGAGCUGCAAGGCAAGAGGCCCGCCCACCCUAUCCUGGCCGCGGACGGUGCCUCGCCACUCCUGGGAAUGGAAUGA